AUGGAGUCAGAUGUGUACCCUCGCUGCAGUGCUCUAUCCUCCAGCAUGGGUACACCGCUGCUCCCCCCGACCUCUUCCUCCUCCACCUCCUCCUCCUCACACACCUCUCCUGCAGAGAGAAGCUAUCGCAAGACAUAUUGGCCCACAAACUCGAUCAUGCAAGGUGGUUCAUCAGUGAUUUCCAAAGUGACGACCUCUGACCCCCCAGCUCUCACCGAAGUGGCGACCUCUAAACUUGAUCCUGUUCGAUCAGACACAGCAGAGCCCGGCAGCACUGUCCGAAAUAAAAGCUUUCCAGAAAACAGCGGCAUCUUAACACUGGACAUACGAAACCCACUGCCCCUUCACGCUCCUCCUCCUCUCACACCUCCUCUUCUUCCCCCACCUCCUCCUGCUGCAGACAGCCCCUACCUCCCACCUUUGUCACCUCCACCCCUGCCUCCACCUCUGCUAUCAUCCAAACCUUUUUCUACCUCCAGUCCUCCUCCCUCCACACUGCCUCUUGCUGAGAGCCCCCAGCGCCCAACCAACCUCAACCUAAAGACGCUGCCACGGCCCACCGUCAGGGAGAACGGUGGACCUCCGCCGGCGUUGGAUGAAGAAGAGGAGGAGAGGAAGCUGCUGGAGGAUGAUCUGAAGAAGUGCAUUGAUGACUUCAAAAAGAUCCGCUUGCCCAGAGAGUUUCCGGAUCGCAAGAGGCACUGGCAAAGUGACUUGCUCAAGAAGUACAAUGCGUAG